AUGGCUCCAUUGCCAGAGAACGGCAGCUGGGACGAAAACGGCGAGCCUCUCCCGUUGCCUUCCACCUCGGUCGCCUCUCUGGCCAUUUUCUCCAUCACUUUCCUCUUGGGCUUUCCUGGAAACGGCCUGGUCAUCUGGGCCAUAGUCCUGAAGAUGAAGCGAACGGUGAACACGGUUUGGUUCCUCCACCUGGCGAUCGCCGACCUGGUCUGCUGCCUCUCCCUGCCGUUCUCCAUCGCCCAGCUGGCCCUCCACGAGCGCUGGCCUUUUGGCUGGCUCCUCUGCAAGGUUCUCCCCUCCGCGGUCAUCUUCAACAUGUUUGCCAGCAUCUUCCUCCUCACCGCCAUCAGCAUUGACCGGUGCCUCCUGGUGAUGAAACCCGUCUGGUGUCAGAAUCACCGGACAGUCAGGCUGGCGUCCGUGGUCUGCGGUGUCAUCUGGAUCCUCGCCUUCCUUUUGUGCUGCCCUUCCUUCUUCUACCGGGAGGCCCUGGAGGAUGAAUUUGGCAAUAUCAAGUGCCUCAACAACUGGGAAAUGGGGAGACAUGACGAUUACGAGUGGCUGAAAAUGGGGAGACAUGACGAUUACGAGUGGCUGAAUGAUCUGGGGGCCCUAGAGGAGACGACCCCCAUUCAAGACCCUGCUCUUUUGGUCACCGGGAGCACCUACGGCCGUGCCUUCCCAGGUGGGAAUCUGGAUCCACACCCUUCCUACCCCACUGUGAACACCACGGUGCCCUUGUCUGCAUCACACCGUGAUAGAGUCAAGACAGAGGCAGAUUUAUUGAUGAGGGAGGUUACUGCUGCUCCUUCCAGGCCAAAGGGGUUUCCCAGGGUCCAUCCGAGUUUAGCUACAGCCAGCAUCUCCCCAUUCCCUGAAACCCAACCGCCUGGCGUCUUCGUGUCCACCACCAUCACCAGAGCCACGUUUGGCUUCCUCCUGCCUUUUGCGAUCAUGGCCACCUGCUACGCUCUGAUUGCCUGGAAGAUGCUCAGGAAGCCCUUCGUGGGACCUCGCAGGAAGGCCCUGCAGGUGAUCCUGCUCGUGGUGGCCUCUUUCUUCCUCUGCUGGGCUCCCUACCACGUCACCGGGCUGCUCUUCCUCCUGGCUGCCCCCCAAACGCCACUUCACCAGGCCCUGCUGUGGUGGGACAGUGUGUCCGUCGCACUCGCUUACGCCAACAGCUGCAUCAAUCCUCUUCUCUACGUCUUCGUGGGGCAGAACUUCAGGAAGAAGGUCUGCCAGACAGUGCAGAAGAUGUUUGAGGGGGCCUUUGUGGAGCCCUCCUCGCCAGCCUUUUCCCAGGAGAAAAGCAAGACAACCACAGUGGACAACGAGGUGGAUGUUUCGGUCCUCUAA